AUGCUUAAAUCUACAUAUACUCCUCCGCCUCCUUUGCCCCCAGGGUGGACAGAGCAUCGAGCGCCGACUGGUACAUCCCCCAUCUGUAGUUUUCAAAAGAAUAUCUCUAACGAUUCAUUUGCAGGUCACUUUCAACUUACACUAGGCCUCAAUCGCAGGCCCCGCAACCAGCGCCAACCGUCCCUGUGCCAACAUAUGACCCCAGGUCAUUACCGGCUUAUUCUUCAACGCCAUAUGCCCCUGCUGGUUAUCAACCCCACGGAGCGCAGCACGGCCAGCCCCAAGCAGACAACAGACAUGGCCGUGGGGGGGUUUAGAGGUGAGAAAGGCUACCAGGAUCGUGGUCGUCGAGAGCCCCAAGACCGUCCAAAGUCGAAGCAUGCUAUUCCAGACUGCGCUCCGUGGGUACUAGUAAAGACCAAGUUGGGACGGCGGUUCGUGCACAAUCCAGAUACCAACGAGAGUUUCUGGAAGUUUCCACAGGAGGUUUUGAAGGGUGUUAUCGAGUACGAUCGACUCGAGCGAGAGAAGAAAGAAAUAAUUGAGCGCGGCGAAGAACCGGAAACACCUCAGGAUGUGACCGUAUCCAAAGCGACUUCUGGCCCAACUUCGGACGAUAGAGCCCAUCCGGAGGCAGGACCAGUGGUACACGAACACGAAGCCGCGGAAGACAGCGAUGAAUACGAAGAAGUCGAAGUGACGGAUAGCGAGGGAGAGGAGGACCAGCCGUCAAAACGUGCGCGAACGGAAAGCGAAGCCCCAGAUAACCAGCCUGUUGAGUUUACAGAAGAGGACAUGGAAUACCAGCUUGCCGCAAUGGGCGAGGACUAUGGGUUAGAUCCUGGUGAAUACGGCGAGGUCGAACAAGAGGACUGGGAGACACAAGGUCUUCCGUUGACCGACGCUGAUGCGGAGGCGCUCUUCCGGGACUUGCUGGAUGACUUCAAUAUCAGUCCAUUUACAACAUGGGAGAAGAUUAUCGAGGAAGGCCGUAUCAUUGAGGAUUCCAGAUAUACCGCACCUUCCAACAUGAAGACUCGACGAGAAAUCUUCUCGAACUGGAGCAGGGAUCGUGCCAAGGAUGUUCAAGAGCGCAAGAAGAACCAGGAAAAGCAAGAUCCACGCAUCAAGUACUUGGCUUUGCUACAGGAAUAUGCAACUCCAAAGCUUUAUUGGCCCGAAUUCAAGCGCAAAUACCGCAAAGAACCAGAAAUGAAGGACUCCCAGCUUAACGACAAAGAUCGAGAGAAGUUCUACCGCGAAUAUAUUUCCAAACUCAAAGCCCCUGAAAGUACUCGGAAAUCAGACCUUUCUGCUCUACUCAAAUCUGCGCCAUUGCAUGCUCUCAAUCAGUCCUCCAGUGUUGAUGCUCUCCCCACUGCAAUCAUCACUGAUAUCCGCUACAUCGCACUUCCGCCCAAGGUCCGCGAUCCAUUGAUUGAGGCAUUCAUAUCUACACUGCCCCCUGCACCAGAAGAACAAUUGACUCCAGAACAGCAAGAGGAACUGGAUCGGAAGCGAAGAGAACGCGAGAAACGUGAGAAGGCGCUUGUGGAGCGCGAGAAACGUGUUGAAGAAGAUAAACGGAGGCAGCGUGGUGACCUUCUGCGUGGAAAGCAUCUUCUUCGAGAAGGAGAAGCCGAAAUCGCGGAAGCUAUGCGUGUCAACAAAGAUGGGCUACGCAGUCACAUGGAUAUCGAUUCUAUGGAUAUCGAUGAAUCACUGGUACCAGGUGACGAGGAACAGAAAUAG